CUCUGCAAAUCUCACUUUCUCUCUCUACUUUCUCUCUCUUGUUUCUCUCUCUUAUUUCUCUCUCUAUCUAAUGGACUUUCCCGAAAUCAGGGACGCCCAUUAGCCCACCAUUGAUGCAGUUCAGCCUCACUCCACUACCCCACAUUGCCCAUUUCAUCUGUCUGUUUUGGGUUUGUUUCAUUUUCUGUUUCUUUAACCGACACUGAUUCGAAGGAGUGUGUGAAUCUGUUGCAGCAUUUUCUUAAUCGCAUUGAAAUGAAACCCAAAACCCUUCACUACCCGUGCGAUGGUGGACAGAGUAGUGGUAGUAGCUCUCCGAGUCCUCCUCAUUCGCCGCCGCGUUAUGCUUCAAAGGGUCGCCGGAAGUUACGGUCGAAACCCCAUUAUUAUCAGCCGUUCCGGGAACUGUUUGUCGGUGGGUUCAAUUUCAGGUUUAGUUUUAGACAUAUGGUGCUUCUUCCUCUGCUUUAUAUCUCUGGUUUGAUUAUGUGCGUUGGCCCUUUCUCUUCUUUUGGCGGUCAACCCUCGCCGCCUGGCUCGCUCUAUCGUAGCCAUCGUAUGUAUCACUUGCUCCGGCGUCAUAUUCAAUCUGAUAAUUCCUCUGCGAUUCAGAUGGCAUCGGUUUGGAAGUAUAAAAGGCUGAAAGAGAGGAAGCCAUGUUCGAAUUCUACAGCUUCUCAGCUGCAUGUGGGUAUGCAAGCUGCUGAGUUGAUCAAUAAGGAUGCUACUACUUACUUGAUUGUUGAUGCUAAUGGUGGACUCAACCAGCAACGCUCUGCUAUCUGCAAUGCGGUGGCUGUUGCAGGGCUUCUAAAUGCUAUUCUAGUUAUUCCCCGGUUUGAGUUCCAUAAUGUUUGGAAGGAUUCAAGUAAGUUCGGUGAUAUUUAUGAUGAAGAUCAUUUCAUAGCUGCCCUUGACGGUCAUGUGAAAGUUGUCAAAGAGCUACCAGAGGCUUUAAUGCAAGGAUAUGAUUACAACAUUUCUAACAUACCUAACUUUCAUGUACAAGCUUUGUCCACUGCUAACUAUUACUUGGGAGAAGUUCUACCUGUUUUGCAAAGGGAAAGGGUAUUAAGAUUGUCCCCUUUCGCCAACAGAUUGGCCAUGAACGUUCCACCCGAAAUCCAAUUCUUAAGAUGCUUGGCAAAUUACGAAGCACUAAGGUUCUCGUCUCCCAUUCUGACUUUUGCACGUUCACUAGUUAGCCGAAUGAUCGAAAAGAGCUCAAGGGAUAAUGGGAAGUAUGUUUCGGUCCAUCUACGGUUCGAGGAGGACAUGGUAGCUUUCUCGUGUUGUGUAUAUGAUGGAGGUGAAGCUGAAAAAGUCGAUAUGGAUUCGAUUCGAGAGAGAGGAUGGAGGAAAAAGUUCAAACUCAAAGAACAUCUUAUUUCGCCUAGUCUUAACCGAGUUAAUGGAAAGUGCCCGUUAACCCCGUUGGAGGUUGGAAUGAUGUUGCGCGGUAUGGGAUUCGAUAAUAACACGUCGAUUUAUUUGGCUUCGGGUAAGUUAUACAAACCAGAGAGAUAUUUAGCUCCAUUACAGGAGAUGUUUCCUCUCUUGCAUACAAAGGAAUCACUUACAACCCCAGAUGAACUUGCUCCUUUUAUGGAAUAUUCUUCAAGAAUGGCUGCUCUGGAUUACAUGGUAUGCUUGUUAAGCGAGGUCUUCGUAACGACUCAAGGAGGUAACUUCCCACACUUUCUAAUGGGGAACAGGCGGUUCCUUUACGACGGGCACGCCAAGACGAUCAAACCCGAUAAACGAAAGCUAGCCAUUUUAAUGGAUGAUAGAAUAAAAUUGAGCUGGAGAGAAUUCAAGGAACACAUGGGGGUAAUGCUUGCGGAGAGCGAUCGAAAGGGGCUGAUGGUACCUCGAAUCAGACGAUUCAACCGAAAAACGUCUGUCUAUACGUACCCUUUACCCGAAUGCAGAUGUCUGCAAAAACCCCACAACACAAACACCACAGAUAACAAGUAUAUGCUCGAUCAGCUCUUCGAAUCCGUGAGAUAGCGAUAGGAUUACCCCUCCAUUGCUCUAAAUUUUGCUCGGUGUAGAUAGACGUCGUUGCUAUCUUGGUAGGUCGGAUGAAGAAGCAAGUUAACGUCGAAAAUGAAAGGUAAUGAUUUCUUAGUUUGUUCUUGAGUGAGCUUGAAACUAAACCUCCCCCUUUCUUUGUUGAAGUGUUCUUGAUGAUAACUGUAUAUAGCCAGAGGCAUGUCUGGAAAUAUGUACAUUUUAAAGCUAAAACAUUUCACAAAGCUUGGAAGCUUGAAGCUUGAAAUAAUGCGAUUGAAUCCUUGUAA